AUGGAAGGGAAAAAAACAUUUGGAAGAUACGAUAGAAUCGAGAUUUCAGAUAUUAUCUUCGAUAAAAUCAAUAGAGGUCUCAAUGAAGCUCGACUCCGAUACAAAGCAUCUGUUGCAACUCUUUGUUAUGUUCUCAGUGCUAUUCUAAAUUCUAAGGAUCUUGAUGAAGGCUGCAAUGACAUUGAUGACAAAAAGGCUUCCUUACUAAUGAUGAACUUCACUAUUGAGGAAGUCGAGUUUGCAAUGAACAAACUUGGUGAAGAUGCUCCUGUGAACGAACUUGUAGAUUUCAUCUUUGUUGCUCAGUUAGCUAAUGCAGAUGAUAAAAGAAUCAGUGUUGAAUUUCAGAAAAAGGUUUGGCUGUUCCACCAUUAG